UAAUCAAACGCACCCCUCCUCAGAUUGAGCAACCGCUGCCAGUCUCUUUCUUCACGUCGGUUUGUUGUAUUUGUGAACUAGUUGAAGAAGCAAAGCACCGGCAGAGCGACCCCACGCAGCAAUGUGUUGGUGAAACUGUGGUUUGUCUGACGUGUGAACAGCAGCAGCGGACUCUGCUUCACUUUUAGUCGCCAUGUCUUCCAGAAAGCGGAGCAGGUUCUCCAGGGAUCUGCAGCGUGUGUCCUUCCCGGACGAUGUGUCUGGACACGGUGUCCAGGGAGAGAGGAGAGAGCCACCGUCCCUUUCAUCCGUGUCCUCGGCCAAGAGUUGGGACAAGUGUGGAGACAGUUUCCUGGACUCUCCGGGGAUUAAGAACCUCAAGUCAUCGGGAAGAAAACUGUCGACUAUAAGAAAGUUGGCACAGAAGAACCCUGCUUUAGUGCAGACCAAUGCCGGUCACUGUAGUGAGGACCCGGUGCACAUUGCGUGGAGCUCCAGUGACGGUGAACAAUCUGACGAUGAGACCCAGAAGCAACCACGUCCUCCUAGACCAGGGAGAUCUGUGGCUCCCAUUCAGUCCUACACCAGAGAACUGUGCAUGCUCAGCACUGAUAAAGAGGACCUCCCUGCCAUAGACACAGACAGUGAUCUGGAUGAGUCUAAGGAGGAUGUUGAAAAGGACAGCGGGCAACAAAUCUCUGACUGUGAAUCAGAGUCUCUCGAACAACAGCCACCAGAUUUACUGCCCAAACCAACAAACGUGACAGAGCUUGAGAUCUCAGGCUACGUGUCUGAUGGAGAAAGUAUCGGUGACUCGAUGACCGAGAGCCGCCUGGACUCCGAGAGCUUUUCUCUUCAAACUGGUGAGGGCAGCAGAAGGUCAGUCGGUGACUGGGUCAGAUCCGCUCAGGCAAUGCUGCAGACACCUCAGAAACAGCUUGACCGGCAGUCCAAGACUCCAGAAGACUCGGCUAAAAAGAGAAGAAAGUUCCAAAGCGGAGGUCUUGCUGAGAGGCUGAAUCGACUCCAGUGCAGACAGAGGUCAGCUAUUAGCUUCUGGAGACACCAGUCAAUUUCUGACACCUCAACAACAACAUCAGUGGACAGGCCUGGUGUGCUGGUGCUGGAUGUGCUGGAGGUUAAGGAGGACUGCAGCAUGCAACUGGUGCACUGUGCACACCAGCGGCCUCCUGGAGAGGGCCACCAUCACAGCGACCCUGUCUCUGAGGAGAGAGCUCAUGUGCUGGUGUUAUUCAACCGAGAGACUGCCGCCCAGCUGAUUCCUGCAGCCGGAGAUAUCAUCCACAUAUACCCACCAUGGCAAAGUCUUUCCACAGAGGGCUUCAGCUGUGAUAUUAUUCUGAACACACACUUCAGCCAGAAAGUCGUCUCUGAUUGCAAACCUGCCGACAUGUCCGUCUCCAGAGGAGUGCUCUCAGCAGGGCGGUGCAUGCCGUACUAUUUGGGUAAAAUAUUCGGACUGCUGGAGGUGCACAGGACCACCGAGGAGAAUGAUGCCAAUGCCAAGGUCGCUGUCCCCGAUCCUCUGUGCAGUUUUGAAGGUUCUGGGGAAUUUCCGGGGCAGUGCCUUUCUCUCCUGGAAGCUGUUGAGCGACUGGGCCAGGCUGGCUCCGUGGGGCAGGAUGUGGGGGUGGUGGUCCAGAGAGUUUUCUCCAUCCCUCUGCCUGACUGCUCAUCUGUGUCCAGCCUCAAACCCAGAGUCCCCUCCAGGCCCUCCUCAGCUCCUCCCCCUGCAGAGCAAGGGAAAACCAGGCUGUGUGUUCUGGUUCAGGACAGUUAUGGCAUGUUCAGCAUGGUCCAGCUGCACCUCCUGCCCUGCAAGGACGACGUCCUCCAGUACUGCCAGAGGUGGCAGGGGAAGACCUGUGUCCUGAGAGGCAUCAAAGUGGUGCAGCGGGUCACGCGAGAGAGGCGCACCAGGCUUUUCAGCUUGAUCGACAGUCUGUGGCCCCCAGUGAUUCCUCCCAAAGAUCACGAAAACACACCAAACAUGUCCAAAGAGAGCAGACCUGCAGGUCCAGCUCUGAGCUUCUGCUACCUGCUGUCAGGUCAGGAGAGCUCUGUUGAACCCACCGAGGGGCAGACUGUGUCCACGCUAUAUGUUCCCCCCACACGACGAACCUUACGAGACAUAGUGCAGAGUGAGAUGAAAACCUGUCGCUGCAGUUUCAUUGCUACAGUUUUACACAAGAGAGAGCAGAGCAGCGAUGUAGGCCAGGGUGAGGUGUGGUUGGUGCUGACAGACCCCAGUCUUCAGGAAGAGCAGCCUGAGAGACCAUGCAGGCGAACAGUGGCCCUGUGUGUGAGCACUUCCUGUGUUCUCACUUCCUCUGUCCUUGAAGCACUGCGCUCCCCCGCUGCCUGUGGCCUGACGUUCAGAGAUGCCAUCACAGAACAUGGUGUCCUUCUGUGUGCGGAGCAGUCAGUUGUUGAGGUAUGCUGCGACAAGCCUGAAGGCAGCCUCCAGUCUACGACACGGCAGGCGUUACUUUCACAGUUGUUGACUGAGCCCCAGGUGCAGACCCUGCCCCAACCUGUGAGACUGGAUCCCCUGACUCUGGACACCACGCCCAACUCCCUCUGUUCUCUCACAGGGGUGAUAGUUGGCGUAGAUGAGAACACAGCCUAUUCCUGGCCUGCGUGUAAUUACUGCGGAAGUGACAACUUAGAGAUUUUACCGGAAAGGCCUCAAAACUUCUACUGUGUGUCCUGUAAGUCAGCGGUGGAGAAGCCAGAAACAAAGAUUCAACUGGAUGUGUUUCUGACUUCUUCUUCAGCAAGUAAUUGCACUUUAAAGGUGAAGCUGCAGAAAAGGACGAUCAUGUCCAUUCUUAACACGGCAGCACUGGAGGGGAACGAGUUCCCAGGUUACGAUGUGGAGAAUGUCCUGGGAAAAGAGGUGGGCCCCCUCACCGCUUACGUCCGAGUCGUCACCAAGAAACCUGCCCCCUGGAUCGGCCUGGAAGAAAUCUGCCUCUAAUGGUAUCAAUCCUCGGGUUCCAAGGAUCUGCAUGCACACCAGGCCUUGGUCUGAGCCCACUCCCCCCUGCUGAAGGCCUCCCUGACAGCUUGAGGCUGCUCUGAAGUCAAGAAGACAAGGUCUUGUUUGUGUUAAUGAUAUGUGAUCCUGUGGACCAGGAGUUGACGGCCCAAGGGCAGGCCAGUGACAUGCAGUCUGUCAGAGCAGCCCACGUGCUGCCUCGACUUGGAUGGGACUUUCAGAGGACAGCGUUUGAGAGCCAACACAUUUUUUAAAUUGGUCCAAAAACCCUUUUUUAGACCAAGUCAUCUACCUCUGUAUUGAAGAUUACUGACACUGUGUCAAUAAACUUAUUUUUGCUGA